AUGUUCUUCGCACUUCAAGUUGAUCGAGGAAACCUUGUCCAGGCGGUUUCGGAUACAUUAUUGACAGACUUGAAUCUGACUACGAAUGGUGAAUGCGAUUACAACUAUGGCAAUAUUAUCUUCCGACUAUCCUUCCUUGUUGCAGAGCUGCCCUCACAGCUAGUUUCUAAGAAACUAGGGCCGGAUCGAUGGAUUCCUAUUCAGAUGGUGUUAUGGUCCGUGGUUGCUAUUUCGCAAUGUGCCCUGACCGACCGCAAAACAUUCUUCACCACGCGUGUCUUACUGGGUGUUCUUGAGGGCGGGUUUAUCCCGGACAUCGUGCUCUGGCUGUCCUACUUUUACACCAGCCGAGAACUUCCAGUGCGCCUGAGUUUCUUCUGGACCUCACUAUCCGUGACCACAAUCAUCACUUCCCUCCUGGCCUUCGCAGUCUUCCAUUUAAGCGGAGUACACGGCCUCGCAGGCUGGCGAUGGCUCUUCCUAAUCGAAGGUCUCAUCACCCUCGCAAUUGGACUAUCUUCCUUCUUCAUGAUGCCAGCAUCAGUAGUGCAAACCAAGACCUGGUUCCGACCAAAAGGAUGGUUCACUGACCGCGAGAUUGCAAUCGUGGCCAACCGAGUCCUUCGCGACGACCCUUCCAAAGGCGACAUGCAUAAUCGACAAGCCAUCACUCCCACCCGACUAUGGGGCGCUAUCAAAGACUAUCAUAUGUGGCCACUGUACUUGAUUGGAGUCAUUGUAUACAUUCCUCAGUCGCCCGUGAACUCUUAUAUCACACUUACCCUUCGCUCGGUUGGAUUCAAUAAGUUCAACACCAAUUUACUCACGAUCCCUGCUAGUGUGUUCCACAUCUUCAAUUUACUUCUGAUCACUUGGAUCUCGAGUCGACUGAAUCAGUGGGCUCUGGUGGCUAUGUUCCAGGCUAUUUGGACGCUGCCUUGUAUAAUUGCGUUGCGCUUCUGGCCUGAUGUGAUCUCAAAUGCUUGGGGUACAUACGCCGUGGUGACGGUGUUGUUGAGCUACCCAUACUGUCACGCAAUUGUCGUUGCCUGGGUUUCGCGAAAUGCUAAUAAUGUGGGCAACCGCUCUGUCUCAGCUGCACUGUACAACAUGUCUGUCCAAGCAGGUGAUAUUGCUGCUUAUUUCGUGUACCGAGAUGACGACAAGCCAAAAUACCGCAGGGGAAACACCGCUCUCAUCGCGAUCAACAUCCUUGCAAUCCUGGUGUUUAUUGGAGCGAAAGUGUACUAUGUCUUUGAGAAUCGGAGACGAGACAAAGUCUGGAACACCAAGUCGGAGCAGGAGAAAGCUGAUUAUAUCAAGGAGACUCGGGAGCAGGGAAGUAAGAGGCUGGAUUUCAGAUUUGCACAUUAG